UGGGCUUCACCUCAGUUUCCGGUCCAAGAUUUCAAGACGUUAAGGUUACCGAGAGCUUUGAUUAUACCUGACCGGAUAGCGGUUCAUAUUUCAGUCUGAGAAACCCGGGGCUCAAUUUCCUGCGGAUUUGCUGCAAAUCAUUGGUGAAACAGAAUGGCAGAUCAGCUGACUGAGGAACAGAUUGCAGAGUUCAAAGAGGCGUUUUCCCUCUUCGACAAAGAUGGCGAUGGCACUAUCACCACCAAAGAAUUGGGAACUGUGAUGCGCUCACUUGGCCAGAACCCCACAGAGGCUGAGCUGCAGGACAUGAUCAAUGAGGUCGAUGCUGAUGGCAAUGGAACAAUAGACUUUCCGGAGUUUCUGACCAUGAUGGCCAGGAAGAUGAAGGAUACAGACAGUGAAGAGGAGAUCCGAGAAGCCUUCAGAGUCUUUGACAAGGACGGAAAUGGCUACAUCAGUGCAGCUGAACUGCGUCACGUCAUGACUAACCUUGGCGAGAAGCUGACAGACGAAGAAGUGGAUGAGAUGAUUCGAGAGGCCGACAUUGAUGGUGAUGGGCAGGUGAAUUAUGAAGAGUUUGUCCAAAUGAUGACUGCAAAGUGAAAGAUGUUUUCCAUUCUGUCUUUCUUUUACAUUGCUUGUCCUACUAAGAUCACUCUGUCUUUAGAAAAUAAACGAUCAGAAGUUUACUUCAGUGAAAAUUAAGAAUUUCAAAUUUCGCAAGACACCAACCGAAAUAGUAAUGUUGAGAAAAAUUGCAGCGUAGUCCCAGCAGAUGUGAAUGGACCAAGCAUAACUGCAUGAGCAAUUUUGGAGCAGACGUCUUUAUAUCUGCCACAAUUUGAAGACAGUGGCGCUCUAAGUCAAAAAUGAAAUGACAUACAUGUGUAGGAUGUGGUGAACAUUUCUCUUCAAAAAUGAAUAAAAUAACUGAAUUAAAUGUAGUAAUUGUUAUAAAGGGUCAAAAUGCUGCAUUCAAUUAGAGAACAAUUGCAUGUGCCCUUUGUGGUGAAGUCAUGCUUCAACUCUAACGCUGCUGCUCUGUUCCAGUCUAAAAAUUGAAAGGUAGCACAACUGGAUGUUUAUACACAAGAUACUGUAUUAUACAUCAUAAUGUGUACUUAAACAUCUUCAAAUUAUGUAUCACUGAAGUUUGAUGGCUACUGAGCUGAAUUUUCAUGUUGGCCAGCAGCUAGAUUUGACAGGUUUGUGUUUAUUGUAAUGGGCUGUUGUGUGCUGGCUAAAAACUUUACACAGGCACUGAUGGAUAAAGUACAUGGACAGAAGAACUGAAUAUGGGUUGACUAAUGUAAAUGGUGUGACUGAAAAUGUGGAGAUUAGUCAUCGAUGCUAUUUAUCAGUGUUAAGCUUUUUAAAUGUAUUGUUUUCCACCGUGCUUGUCUGGUGAACUUUGCAUCGCCUGUUGUUGUAAUAGCAUGAUCUGUGUGUUUGUUUUAAUCAUGGUUUUGAGAUGUGCCAUAUACUCUUAAGCCACAGUCUUUUCUCAAAACAACCUUUACUCACUUAGGACAUAUAUAAAACUGAUGGAUAUGUACACACCCUCUUAUAUUUGCAUUUUGGUGUUAAAAAAAAAAACAAAACAGUAUGUUCAUUUACAGAUGGAGAUGUUGCCACUCCUUUAACUAGUUGUUUGUCUCUUGCUUUUGUGGGUUUGUCAGAGCUUCUUGUUCAGUCUCUAAAUCUCAUCUGCGCUUUGCUUGCAGUAUGACUAAAAAAAAAAAAACAACCAGGGUCCAUUAGAGCAGGACAAAGGUGAUUUAGUUUCACUUAUACUAAGUAGUGUUGGCUUUUGGGGGUCAUUAUUAUUCCAGUGAUCUUACUGUGGGCGAUGCAGAAUUAUACUGUUCUACUCAGAGCGAUCCUUUUAAUGGUUUUUGGUCAGAUGUACAAAUGAUAGAGGAUCAAGGAUUCAACAUGUGAAAAGUGUAUGAAUAAUAUGCACAAUAUAUAUAUAAAUGUUUUCCAAUAAAAAUAAAUGUAUACUUUA